UCAAAUGGAUCUUACAUGCAGAUCAGUUUUAAUCAUUAUCUUUCUUCAACUUAGUUUUGCAGUUUGCAUUUUUGUAAAUUUCAACUGGAAUCGUUUAAGUUUAAUAACAUUUUCCAGUGAAUAUUUUAACUAUAACAGAGCAACAGAGCAGGUUAUAUCAGUGAAAAAACAGAAUGUUAAUAAAUCAGUGAUGAUCCUUGUGUGGAACUGGCCAUUUGGAAAACGCUUUACGACUGACAAAUGUGAUGUGUGGUUUAACAUCACUGGAUGUUACUUCACGGAUGACAGAAAUUUAUACCCCCAAGCAAAUGCUGUGGUUAUUCACCACCAAAAUGUCUGUCACAGCAUGAAAUAUCUACCUGAAGGAGAACGUCCACUGCUCCAACGUUGGAUAUGGUUCAACAAUGAGUCACCAAGUCACAGCCCAAACCUGGAACUUAUGAACAACUUAUUUAAUCUGACUAUGACAUAUAGAAGGGACUCUGAUAUUUUUGCCCCCUAUGGUGUCCUGGAGAUGACAAAGGAGCUGAAAAAUUAUUCAGUUCCUAAGAAGGAUAAAUUAGUUGCCUGGGUUAUUAGCAACUGGAAUCCAAAUUCCAGAAGAGUUCAGUACUAUGAAGAGUUAAGGAAGUUUAUAAAUAUUGACCUCUAUGGAACAAGCCAUCAAUCACUUGAUCAGAAAUUGCUGUUUUCUACUAUUUCUCAGUAUAAAUUUUAUCUUUCAUUUGAGAAUUCUAUUCACACAGAUUAUAUCACUGAGAAACUGUGGAAAAAUGCAUUUGAAUCUGGAGCUGUGCCUGUAGUUUUAGGUCCUUCUAGAGAAAACUAUGAACACUUCAUUCCGCCAGACUCUUUCAUUCACACUGAUGACUUUGGUACAGCAGAACAAAUGGCCAAAUAUCUACUAGAACUAGAUAAAGAUGAGAAGAAAUACAGGAAGUACUUUGCAUGGAGACAACACUUUGUGCCAAAACCAUUUAAUGAUGCCAAUUAUUUUUGCAAAGCCUGCAAUGCAGUCAAAAUAAUGAGUGACUAUAAGACAGUGAAAGACCUUGCAAGAUGGUUUAGGUCUUAAUUAUGGUUGUAGUCACUUGCAUAAUAAUCCCAGUUUUAGGUUAUGCAUCCACAAAAUGUGUUUUCUUCCUAUUGUUUCUUGGUCUUCCAGUGGACCUAUCUGAUAACACUAGCUUUACCCCACCGGACAAUUCAUUACAUGGGGGGCAAAAGCCAAAG